AUGUCUAAGCAAUUCAAGCAUACAACCCAGGAGAGAAGAUCUUCCAUAAUUUACUCGAACAAUAAUGGUAAAGGCGGUCUUUUCUCUCCUCAAGAUUAUAUUUCGGGAGACAAGACUCAAGCAUUUAUAGACGACGAUAUUAGCGAAGAUUCAGAGGAUUCUCUUUUCGCAACCAAUAAUUCUCGUACUUUACAACACGAAUAUGGUUCUACAGGCCGAACGGGAAGCAGUGAUAGUAGUGAGAUUCAUUCCGCCUUACCGAAAAAUCUAAUACGAGAAGAACGGGAUCUAUUGAUGGACAAUAAGCUGUACAAUUCUAAUCAUGCUCUUCAUAAUCAUGCUGCAUAUUCAACAAAUGAUCCAAACUCUUCCUUUGCACCAACAUCAUCAAUCGAGGAUCAAGAAGUGAUUGAAACUUGGGAGGAUGCAAUUGAAUCAGGGAAAGACAUAAAUACCACAUUUAAGAGAGAGGCCAUAGUGAUAACAUCUAAUGCAUCACCUCUUGUACUGACUUUCAUUUUACAAAACUCUUUAUCUUUAGCAUCAAUUUUUUCCGUUUCACAUUUGGGAAGCAAUGAAUUAGGAGCUGUUACCCUAGGAUCUAUGACAGCGAGUAUCACUGGGUUUGCUGCCAUCCAAGGGCUCUGUACUUGUUUAGACACACUUUGUGCCCAAGCUUACGGUGGUAACCACUAUCACUUAGUUGGUGUGUUGUUUCAAAGAUGUGCAAUUAUCACGAUCAUUCUUUCUCUACCUGUUCUCUUCACAUGGUGGCAAUGGUCUGAACAGAUACUUGCAUUAUUCAUUCCAGAAAGAGAACUAUGUGCCUUAGCUGCAAAAUAUCUUCAAAUUGUUUCUCUGGGGAUUCCAGCCUUUAUCCUAUUUGAAUGUGGUAAAAGAUUCUUACAGUGUCAAGGAAUCUUCCACGCUUCCAGUAUUGUCCUUCUCGUUUGUGCUCCCCUUAAUGCAUUGAUGAACUAUGUUUUAGUGUGGGAUAAAAAUAUUGGAAUAGGAUAUCUUGGUGCACCUAUUAGUGUAGUAUUGAAUUAUUGGUUAAUGGCUCUUGGGUUGUUUGCUUACACUUUAUACACGAAAAAUGAAAAAAAUCCCAUGAAAUGUUGGAAUGGAUUUAUCAAACCGCAUCAAAUUUUGAAGAAUUCACGAAAGAUGUUCAACUUAGCACUGCCUGGUAUUAUCAUGGUUGAAGCUGAGUUUUUGGGUUUUGAAAUUUUGACUAUUUUCGCAUCUCAUUUAGGUACCCAUGAAUUAGCCGCUCAAUCAAUUAUUUCGACUAUCGCUUCUCUUGCCUAUCAAGUCCCCUUUUCAAUUUCAAUUUCGACAUCGACUAGAGUUGCAAACUUCAUUGGUGCGUCCUUGUAUCGAAGCUGCGUAAUUACUUGCAAAGUGUCAUUAUUACUAUCGUUUAUUAUUAGUUCGUUGAAUAUGGCAAUGAUUUACAAAGCUAGAUACCUAAUAGCAAGGCUUUUUUCCUCAGAACCCGAUGUUGUCAGAUUGGUUUCUAGUUCGUUACCAAUCUUGGCCUUCAUGCAAAUUUUUGAUGCAUUUAAUGCUUCAACUGCAGGUUGUUUGAGAGGCCAAGGCCAACAAAAGAUAGGAGGAUACAUCAACGUUUUUGCAUUUUACUGCAUAGGUAUCCCAGUAUCAUAUUUGCUAACAUUUCAUUACGGAUUUGGUGUUAGUGGAUUAUGGUGGGGUAUCACUUCUGGUUUAGUUUUCAUGAGCAUUUUCCAAAGCUAUGCUGUAUUUCAUUGUAAUUGGAAUGAUAUUAUCCGUGCAGCAAAGUCUAGAAAUAGCGAAGGUGCCAUGGUAUAA